CGCGCCGUGCGCGCCCCCGCAGCGCCAGCUCGGCGCAGCUGUAGUCGCGUAUUAAUCGGGGCUGUAGUUGCUGGUAGUUUUGUAGGAGUUGGGACGUGCCGAGUGCGGGGCAAGGAAAUGGACGGAAGACAUUACAGGAAGAUUCCAUCUGGCUUUUUCAGCCUUGUUUUUGCAGUUUCCUUUCUUCUGCAGCUCGUAGCCGGCGCGCAAGAGAGGAAGGAGCAGGAGUGCUAUAAUUACGCUGGGGGGCAUGUGUACCCCGGGGAGGCUUCCCGGGUGCCCGUGUCGGAUCACUCCCUGCACCUCAGCAAGGCUAAGAUCUCCAAGCCAGCCCCAGACUGGGAGGGCACAGCCGUCAUCAAGGGCGAGUUCAAGGAGCUGAAGCUGUCCGACUACAGAGGAAAAUACCUCAUCUUCUUCUUCUACCCCCUGGACUUCACCUUCGUCUGCCCGACGGAGAUCAUUGCGUUCAGCGACAGGAUACAGGAGUUCCGCGACAUCAACGCGGAGGUGGUGGCCUGCUCUGUGGACUCGCAGUUCACGCACCUGGCCUGGAUCAACACCCCCCGGAAACAGGGCGGACUGGGCCCGAUGAAGAUCCCGCUGCUGUCGGACCUCAACCACCAGAUCGCCAAGGAUUACGGCGUCUUCCUGGAGGACCAGGGCCACACGCUGAGAGGCCUGUUCAUUAUCGAUGACAAAGGGAUUCUGCGUCAGAUCACGAUGAACGACUUACCUGUGGGCCGCUCUGUCGAUGAGACUCUGCGCUUGGUUCAGGCCUUCCAGUACACAGACAAGCACGGGGAAGUGUGUCCAGCUGGCUGGAAGCCUGGCAGCGAAACAAUAAUUCCAGAUCCUUCAGGGAAACUGAAGUAUUUCGAUAAGCUGAACUAAAAAAACUCAACGCCCCCCCAGUUUGUCACAUCACCCCACACUGAUAUAGCAUCCGCGAAGAUCUGAAUUCUUACGAUUGACUGACCAAAUAAAACCUUGACUUUGUUAA